AUGGAUGUUGCUCUAAUUGCUAGUGAAUGUAUUGAUACUAGGAUUAGAGGAGAUGUGCCAGGGGUAAUGUGCAAACUGGAUAUUGAAAAAGCCUAUGAACAUCGUUUUUUUCCUGCUGAAAGAGGACUAAGACAAGGGGACCCUCUGUCCCCUUUUUUGUUUAUCAUUGCUAUGGAAGGGUUGGACAGUUUGAUGAGGAGAGCUUCUCUAAACAACUGGAUUAGGGGUUUCAGAAUCAAAAACAGGACUAAUGAAGUGAUGGAUAUGACUCAUUUAUUGUAUGCUGAUGACACAAUAAUAUUUUGUGAACCAGAGCAGGAACAACUUUGUCACAUCAGAAUUAUUCUGGUAAUAUUUGAGGCAUGCUCCAGACUAAAGGUGAAUUGGAGAAAAAGUAGCAUUUUUCCUAUUAAAGAGGUCCAACAGAUUCAAGCUUGGGCCAAUAUUUUGAAGUGCAAGAUAGAGAGGUUGCCUACAGUUUAUCUAGGUUUACCACUAGGUGCUAAACACAAAGCAGUUAGCAUCUGGGAUGGUAUAUUAGAAAAAUCAGAGAAGAGACUGGCAUUUUGGAAAUCCCAAUAUUUAUCCUUGGGGAGGAAGAGUCACUUUGAUCAAUUCUGUCCUUGA